AGGUAGAAGGACAAGUGAAAUUAUAAAAAGGUUCGAAAGGUUGCUGGAUAGAAGAGCAAUGAAGAGAGAGAAGCUGCAGCUUGAGAUCAAUGAUGGCAGACUUGCAGAGAAGCUCGAAGGCUCGUAUCUUAAGUCCGAGUCUUCUCUUACUGUUGUGUCUUAGCCUCACAACAAGACCUUCCAUGGCUGCUGCCACAGAUGAUCAGAAAGAAACACGAAUAUCAGUGAAAGUGGGCGUCAUUCUUGAUCUGACUUCAGCACUUGGUCUCUUGGCUAACAACAGCAUCACCCUCGCCGUCGAAGAUAUCUAUUCCGUUCAUAACGAUACAGCGACCAAGAUCGACCUUAUAGUCUGCAAUAUUUCUCAGAACGACGUCGUCAGUGCAGCAGAUCAAGCUCUUGAUCUAAUAGAGAAAGUGAAAGUGCAAGCCAUCUUGGGGCCCCAAAAUUCAGAGCAAGCAAGGUUUAUAGUGAAACUUGGUGAGAAACAUGAAGUGCCUGUUAUUUGGUUUCCCAUAACUGGGCCGUCUCUUUCACCACCUCCAUCCCCAUCCUCCAUCUACUCCGAUCACGGCCUUAAUUGCUUGCAGUUCCGAGCCAUAGCCGACGUUAUUAAAGCUCUUGGGUGGCAAUCGAUCGUCCCCAUUUAUGAAGAGACUGAAUAUGGCAGUCACCUUAUUCCAUGCCUCACCAACGUCUUCAAAGAAAUGGGCAUACGAAUGGCUAACGUCACUUCCAUUCGUCCAAUUACAUCAGAUUUAGAUGGAACAAUCAACAACACUCUUGACGACUUAAAAAGCAUGCGAUCGCGUAUAUAUCUUGUCCAUAUGAACAUGGAUCUUGGGACAACAUUUAUUAGGUCUGCACAAAUAAAAGACAUGAUGGGUGAAGGAUAUGCUUGGAUACUUACCCAAGAGCUAUCUUCUUUGACAGAUCCUAAAGUUAAUAUUCAGAGAAAAUUGUAUCAUGACCUAUCUUGGCAAAAUUAUACGUAUUUUACGGAUCCAGUUCGUUUGAAGCGCUUCAUGCAAGGUGCAUUAGGAGUGAGGCCAAUGGAUUCCAACAAAACAGAUUUUCGUAGGCAGAGGGAGGGGAAUUUCAGUGACAGGUUCAAAAGAACCCUAACUAUCUAUGGGUGGUGGGCUUAUCACACAAUCGAAGCAUUGGCUAAGGCAGUAGAGAAGACAGGCCCAGGCAAAGGCUCAAUACUUCGUAAAGAAAUUCUGGCUACUAACUUCACAGGCUUGUCAGGGGUAAAUUUUAGUUUUAGCACUAAAGGACAGCUGGAUCAAUCGGUGCUUGAAGUAUACAACGUGAUUGGAGACAGAGAAAGGAUCAUCGGAGCUUGGAGCCCUGAAACGGGCCUUGUUCAGAAUUACAGUAAAGUUGGUGAUGAUGAGACAUCAGGUGAAUACAAACUAUUGGAUCCACUGUGGCCGGGUGACACGAUGGAUAAACCACCCAAGUUGAGAAUUGGGGUCCCAAGAACAAAUUCUUUUCCUGAAUUAGUGAAUGUAGAUAAUUCAAGUAAUAAGACCAAGUUUGAUGGCUUUGCUAUUAAUGUGUUCUUAAAAGCGGUCGAUAUUUUGCCAUUUCCGUUAAAGAAUUACGAGUUUGUUCCCCUGCCGAUCGACGAAAGCAGCAAUACUACAAUGCCCUACUACGAUUAUAUUCUCUGCAGCGAAACGGAAGACAAGGAGCUUGAUGCCAUAAUUGGAGACGUCACAAUUGUAGCAAAUCGCACAAGGUGUGUUGAUUUCACGUUGCCGUACUUAGAUUCAAGUGUAGUAAUGGUGGUAAGGGUGAACAAUGCCACCACAGGUAGGGGGAUCCUCUUCAAACCUUUCCAUUGGUCAUUGUGGUUAAUCCUUGGUGGGAUUUUUGUGGGUGCAACGAUUAUGAUAAUUAUGUUAGAUGGAAACAAAACCGAGGAAUUUCGCUUCAACCCCUUUCUUGUUUACAAAAUGGAUACUAUGGAGAGUUUUGCAAGCAACACUGCAGGGUGGUUGGUGGUACUGACGACAUUUCUGUUCAUCCUAGUAUUGCAAGUUUACACUGCGAACCUAACUUCAAUUUUAACAGAAGGAAAAGAGAGAGUGCCUUCAUUCAAGGACGAGAACGAGAUUAAGAGUAGCAAUCUGAUGGUGGGAUAUCAGAGAGGGUCGUGGGUGAGAGGGCUUCUGAUUGAACAAGUAGGAUUCAACGAGUCUCAGUUGAAGGAUUUAGGAGGUCGCGAAGAGUAUGAUAAAGCAUUGUCAGAUGGAACCCGAAAGGGAGGAGUGGAUGCUAUUUUUGAUGAAACUCCUUAUCUCACAAUCUUCCUCUCCCGUUACAAAUCUCGCUUUAUGAUGACAGGACCAAUCUACAAAACUGGUGGAUUUGCCUUUGCAUUUCCAAAGAAGUUAGGCUUGGUGUUACAUUUUUCGAAUGCAAUCUUAAAUGUGACACAAGAUGUGGAGCCAUUUCGUGUGCUGGUGGCCAAGAGCUCCUUACCCACCUCUAUUGAAGAUUUGGAAUUCGAAGAUCAAAAUGAAAUCGAGACGUCAAGUUUGAGUAUAACCAACUUUGGAGGGCUUUAUCCUGUCCUCUUAUCUGUUGCAGCUCUUUUAUUAGGCCUUUCCAUUUUGAAUCCAAGAGUGAUUGAAUGGUUGCGCAAGAAGAUGGUUUCAAUUUUAUGUUCGAUCAGAAAGGCUUAAUUAGACACUACGUACUAAGGCUUGAUUAGACUUGAACUUGCUAAUUACAUUACAUGUGUAUGUAAGGCUAUUCCCUAUCCUAUCUACUAUUAUAUUAUAUAA